GUCUUCGAACGUGUGACAUCAAUCAAGAACCGAACGUAAACUUGGAAAGAAUGAGCUCUUUUGAGCAGUUCUGUGGGGGUCCCAUAUGGGAUGUCAAUGCCACGUGGAAUACGAACGAUCCGGACUUCACCAACUGCUUUCACAAAACUGCCCUGUCUUGGACGCCGUGUUUCCUUUUGUUCAUUAUAGUUCCUUUCGAAGUCAGCAAGUAUGUGAAAAGUGUCAAUCGGAACAUUCCAUGGAAUCUGUUCAACCUUGCCAAGUUGAUAGUCACACUGGCCUUGGUGGUCAUUUCCAUCGUGGAAUUGGUCCUCCUCUUCGUCAAAACUCCCGUUGUGUACACGGUUGAUUAUGUGACGUCCUCAAUCUUCAUUGUGACCUAUCUUUGCUCUUUAGUGAUGCUUCUUCUGUCAAUGCGAUUUGGAAUCCACACCUCCCCGGCCCAGUUUCUGUUUUACUUCUUGCAUACAAUUACUGGUGGCAUCACCCUCCGAUCUCUCAUCAAGCGACAAUAUGAGGUCGAAGAAUAUGGCGACGACCCUGGGACUAUUGAUCGCUUAUGCAUCACUUUUGGAAUUCAGUACAGUUGCGUGAUCUUACUACUGAUUCUCAACCUGUUUUCUGACACCAAGCCUCUUGUCUAUGACGAAGAUCUAGCGGCACUCACGAAGCCCUGCCCGCAAAUCCGUGCAUCAUAUUUCUCAAAGCUGGUUUACAGUUGGUCAACGCCAUUAUUAUGGAAGGGAUACNAGAAACCUCUGGUGCCGGAGAAUCUUUGGCAAGUGCACCCCAAACUCACUUCCAAGGGAGUGGUGCCCAUUUUUGAUGUCGCCAUUUCAAGGACCACAGUCAAAAAAGCUCAAGCUAAGGGCAAAAAGUUUUCCGUCUACCCAGCUCUUUUCUAUACAUUUGGCCCCUCGUUCUUGUGGGGAACGGCUAUCAAAACGGUCAAUGACGUUUUAGCCAUGGCUGCUCCUCAGAUUAUGAGUCUUAUGAUUGCGUACGUUUCUGCUCUAACCCCAGAACCUCCUUGGAAGGGUUACUUUUAUGGGACAGUCUUGCUUAUCGUCACCAUGUUCCAAAGCAUCAUCCUCUCUCAGUAUUUUGAGAAAAUGUUUGUGGUAGGUAUGAACCUAAGAACAGCGUUGAUUUCGGUGAUCUACCGCAAGUCCUUGAGAUUGUCUGGAGCUGCCAAGAAGGAAAGUACUGUUGGAGAGAUUGUGAAUCUCAUGUCUGUGGAUGUCCAAAGGUUCAUGGACCUGCUUCCCUACCUCAAUAUGUUAUGGUCAGCACCGUUGCAAAUUGCAUUGAGCUGUUACUUCAUCUACCAGGAAUUGGGGGUUGCCAUGUUUUCGGGAUUGGCUGUGAUGAUUAUUGCUAUUCCAUUCAACGCCGUGGUAGUCUCAUUCAGCAGGAAAUAUCAAUUGGAACAAAUGAAGAACAAGGAUGACAGAGUCAAGUUGAUGAACGAGAUUUUGGGUGGGGUGAAGGUGUUGAAAUUAUAUGGAUGGGAGCAGAGUUUCAUGGGCCAAAUUCUUGACAUCCGGGAUCGAGAGAUUGUGGUCCUGAAGAAAUCAGCUUGGCUUGGGGCGAUGAUCAAUUUCGUUUGGAUCAGUGUGCCAUUCCUUGUGGCCUUGGCUUCGUUCGCGACAUACAUUUUCAUGGAUGGUGGUCAAGUGCUUGAUCCCUCAAAAGCGUUUGUAACGCUUACCUAUUUGAACAUCAUGCGAAUGCCAAUGUCCGUCUUGCCAUUUAUGAUUAUUGGAUUAGUUCAAGUUGGAGUCAGUUUGGAUCGUAUCAACAAGUUCAUGAACAACGAGGAACUUGAUAGCAAUGCCGUUCAACAUGAUGAAAGUCAAAAAGAUCAUCCCGUUUCUGUUCAAAAUGGCACCUUUGCCUGGGGAAAGAGCGAGCCUACCGUUUUACGAAACAUCAAUAUCAAGAUUCCCAAGGGUACAUUGACGGCAGUAGUUGGAACGGUUGGAUCUGGAAAGUCUUCUCUGAUAUCGGCUCUAUUGGGUGAAAUGGAAAAGGAAGAAGGAACGGUUAACAUGGUCGGGAGCGUCGCUUAUGUACCUCAACAAGCAUGGAUGCAGAAUGCCACCUUGAAGAACAACAUCCUCUUUGGCAAAGAGCUCAAUGGCAAGAAGUAUGCCCACAUUGUGGAUUCUUGCGCUUUGAAAUCGGACAUUCAGAUCUUGCCUGGAGGAGAUACGACGGAAAUCGGAGAAAAGGGCAUCAAUUUGUCUGGGGGUCAAAAACAAAGGGUCAGCCUAGCCAGAGCCUGCUAAAGCGAAUCAGAUGUUUAUCUCAUGGACGACCCAUUGUCAGCUGUCGACUCACACGUGGGAAAGCAUAUUUUCGAGAAAGUCAUCAGCCAUGAUGGACUCCUGGAAGGAAAGACCAGGGUUCUGGUCACUCAUGGAAUCACUUAUCUUCCAAAAACCGACCACAUCAUUGUCCUUAAGGAUGGAGAAGUGAGUGAAGAAGGCUCUUACAAGCAAUUGCUGAAAAAUAAGGGUGCCUUUGCAGAUUUCUUGUUGGAAUACAUGACAGAGGAGGUUGAAGAUGAGGAAGCCCUUCAAGAGAUCAAGAUGGAAUUGGAGGAUAUUUUGGGCUCCAAAACAGUCAGAAACCAAAUUGCAAGACAGCAGAGUGCUAUGAGCCGAACCAGGUCGGAAAGUGUUUGCAGCGGUGGAUCCAUCAUGUCAGGGGACUCCACCCAAGAUGGUCUCAGAAAACGAAAAAUAACAGUGGAAGAGGGCAUCAAAGCUGAAUUGAAAGAACCAGAGGCUGAACAAGCGACGAAGAUAGGUACCAAUCUUAUUGAAAAGGAAGUGGCAGAGACUGGAAGCGUUGGGUUGCAAGUCUACAAAUACUACAUGAUAAACAUCGGGCUCUUUGGAGUGAUUACUGGUAUAGCUAUGCAGCUAGUUUACCAGGUUUCCUCCAUAGGAACUAAUUACUGGUUGAAUGUGUGGACAGAUGGAGCUCUUGGAGAUUCAGCCAUCCCAAAAUAUCGAGAUCUCUAUUUGGGAGUUUAUGGAGCUUUUGGAUUUGCAAGUGCCGUCUCAACAAUGAUUCUUAGCAUUACCUUGGCCGUCUCAACCUUAAGAGCUAGUAAGGAAAUGCACAGGACCAUGUUACAACGGGUCAUGCAAAGCCCAAUGUCUUUCUUUGAUACCACUCCAUUGGGUAGAAUAGUAAAUCGCUUUGCCAAAGAUAUUGACGUUUGUGACAACACACUUCCCAACAAUUUGCGCCAAUGGCUCAACACGUUUGCCAGUUUCUUGGGAACUAUCAUCCUAAUCAUCACCGUCAUCCCAAUUUUCGCAGCAGUUAUUGUACCAGUGGCCGUUAUCUUCUUCUUCAUUCAAUCAAUCUACGUGAACACUUCCAGACAACUGAAGAGAUUGGAAUCCAUUUCACGGUCUCCAAUCUAUUCCCAUUUCGGAGAAACCAUCACAGGAGCAAGCACCAUUCGAGCCUUUGGUCUUCAAAAGAGGUUUAUUGAAGAAUCUAACAAGAAAGUAGAUACCAACCAGAUUUGCUAUUAUCCUAGCAUCAUUGCUAAUCGAUGGCUGGCAAUUCGAUUGGAAUCAAUUGGUAAUAUCAUCACUUUUGCUGCUGCUAUCUUUGCCAUCCUCAACCCCGACAACAUUGACCCCAGUCAGGUGGGUCUCAUUAUCUCCUAUGCCCUCAACGUCACUCAAGUUUUGAAUUGGUUGGUGCGAAUGACCUCUGAUGUUGAAACCAACAUAGUGGCCGUUGAGCGUGUCAAGGAGUACACUCUGAACAUUGCCCAAGAAGCCGAUUGGGAACUCCCCAAAAAGCCACCCAAAGAAUGGCCCCAAGAAGGUGAAGUGUCUUUUGAAGGCUACGGUAUGCGCUACCGAGAGGGUUUGGAUAUGGUCGUCAAGGACAUAAACUGUCAUAUCAAGGGAGGCCAAACUGUUGGCAUCGUCGGAAGAACUGGGGCAGGGAAAUCAUCAUUAACAGUGGCCCUAUUCAGGUUGGUAGAACCGGCAGAAGGUGGAAUCAAAAUCGAUGGAUUGGACAUCAGUCAAAUGGGCCUACACGAUCUCCGAAAGAAACUCACCAUCAUCCCUCAAGAUCCUGUGCUGUUCUCUGGCAGCCUUCGUAUCAAUCUGGACCCCUUUGGAGUGCACUCCGAUGGCGAGAUUUGGGACGUGCUGGAGUUGGCCCAUUUGCGGACUUUUGUGUCUUCUUUGGAAGAUGGCCUUGAGCAUCCUGUGUCAGAAGGCGGCGAGAACCUUAGUGUAGGUCAACGUCAGCUCAUUUGCUUGGCUCGUGCCUUGCUUCGGAAGACCAAGGUCUUGAUUCUGGACGAGGCUACGGCAGCCGUGGAUCUCGAGACUGACGAUCUCAUCCAAAGCACCAUCCGAAAAGAGUUCAAGGGAUGUACCGUUCUCACCAUUGCUCAUCGUUUGAACACCAUCAUGGACUACGACAGAAUCAUGGUGCUGGACAAGGGUCGAAUUAGGGAAUUCAAUUCCCCACAAACACUUCUUGAAGAUAGUACUUCUAUUUUCUACAGCAUGGCCAGGGAUGCCAAUCUAGUUUAGUUUUUACGCCAGUUAUUUCUACUAUUUCUGCUUAGUUGUCCAAUUAUAUUUAGCCAGUGAUGAAAGAAACAUGAAAUACAUCGAGAUAGAUUGAAGAAG